CACUGACGAGCCCGGCAGCGCCGGGCGGUUGGAGGGGGCCUUGGGAUGGGACCCGGGUUCUUACCCGGGUCGCUCCUGCCUUCCCACGUCCAGUGGGAUUGGCCAGUUGGACGCGGUACUUUGCCAGGCCCGGGUAGGGGGCGAGGCCGGGUGGCCCACGUGGGUACGGCAGUCCCACGUCGAGUGAGACUGGCCAGUUGGACACGGUACUUUGCGCCUGAGGGGCGGGCGGAACGAUCGCGAAUCUCGCCAAGUCCAGCUAUGGCCCGGGUAGGGGGCGAACCUGGGUGGCCCACUUUGUAUGGCAAAAGGGACCGACGCACGGAUCACCCCAUAGUAAACCACCCCCCCCAGAUUCACUUUCUGCCCAUGGAACGUUUGCACGCGUGUCGAUGGGCCGAAGGUGGCCGGACGACCCCUAGGGCAGGGGUGGCCGGGGGACUGGCGCUCACCGCGGGGGGCACGCAGGCGCCCCGUGGCCCUCCGGGACCUACCGGGGGGGAGCGCCAGCCCGCAGCGCCGGCCACGGGCACAUACUGACGAAGUGGAUUCACCAGUUAGCCGGGAAACAUGAAAGAUGCGAGGUCCCGCGGGGAGGAACGGGCCCUCCGGGGGUGUAGC